AUGAUCGGUGAUGACGAUAACGGUAAUUUUCUUGCAACUCUAGAGCUACUCGCAAAGCACAACAAGACUCUUCAGUUACAUUUAGAAGAGGUUUCUCGCUGUCAACAAGAAGGUAAACAAAUUAUUGCGCAUUAUUUGGGUUGUAGUUCUCAAAAUGAAUUUAUAAAAGAGUGCGGAAGAAUCGUCUACGGUGCCAUCAUUAAAGAGGCGCAUAUGGAAAUUUACUAUUCUAUUCUUGUCGACGGAACGCCUGAAGUCUCUCUUACUGAGCAAAUUGCAUUUGUUCUCCGCUUUGUCUACUUUGGUAUUGAUAAAAAAUGGGUAGUUAAGGAGCGCUUUCUUGGGGUCGAAAGUCUUGAUAAAAAGAAAGGUUUGGAUAUUGCUAAGCUAAUUAUAGAUGUCUUAGAUCAAAAUGACAUUGAUCUGAAGAACUGUUGA